AUGUCUGAUUCUUACGAUACUCUUUCAAAAAAGUCGAUAACUCGAACUUUAUCUACUCCAGAAUCCUCAAACAUUUCUUUGCCAAGAGACAUACCUGUAAAAAGACCCCACAGUACGAUUAGCAAUAAAAGCUCUACUGAUCUAUUCUGGAAUAUUGUUGGUCGUGAUAAUUACACAACUUCUCUGAAUCAAUCACCCGUCCUUUGUAAUAGCUAUUCUCCACCUGUAGGAGAUUUAUUUUGUACGUCUACGUCUUUCACAAGGAAAUUCCGUACCUUCCCUUGGCGAAAUAAGCCGUCUUUGAGGGUACUUCCUAUUAUGGUUGCUAGUAACGAUGCUAAUUCGAUUAGCUUGCUGACAACCACAAUAAAAUCUAGCGUUUCUUCAGCUCAAUCUAGUAUCGCUAGUACAAUUAUAGGGGAUUGGGAUAAUCACAAGAUGAAUUCACAAGCUGUUCCUUUGACACCACCGCAGGAGUCAACACAGUUGCAAACUUCCGGUGAUUUAUUGAUACCAAUUGAACUUUGCGGCAGAAGUGACGAUACUGAUCCGGUUUUGAAUGAAUCUAUAGCUGAACAGAUCCGACUUAAGCUUCCACGACGAUUACGAUUAUUGCCAUCAUGGAAUCUACUAUAUAGCCUCGACCAAGAUGGAACAAGCAUGGCUACUAUGUAUCAUAAAGUUAAGGGCAAAGGUCCUUUAGUAUUAGUGAUCAAGGACACGGACGAACAGGUUUUUGGUGCAUUUGUGACAGAACCAUUUAAAAUUCAUCCUUCUUAUUAUGGGACUGGAGAAUGUUUUUUGUGGAAGCACGUAGGUGGUUCUUCACAAUUAACAGUAAAAUGUUAUUUAUGGACAGGAAGGAAUGAAUACAUGAUAUUAAGCGAACGUGAUUGCUUAGCAAUCGGUGGAGGUGAUGGUAAAUUAGGACUUUGGAUCGACUCUGACCUGCAACGAGGCCAUUCUGAACGUUGUGACACCUUUGACAACGACGUCCUAUCAUCGUCUCCCGAGUUCGAUUGUAUAGGAUUUGAACUCCACCUGUUGGAGACCUUUUGGCAUCCUACCACUUCGCUCGCAAGAAAUUCUAAUACUAAAGAACAAAACUAG